CCAAUCCCUAUUCUCCAACUGCCUACCCCUGAUGUGGAAACAGAAAAGUUGAUUAAAAAGAAGGAUGAGGAGCGCCCUGGAGGCGGACCGCGAGGACGAGAGCCGCUGCGGCACGCGGGACCUGGGACCGAGCCAAAUACGAGUGACACCGUUGCCUGGUGCAUCUAACACAGAGAUGGUACGCACAGCGGGCCAGAUGAAAACAACUGACUGCGCGAAGUCCACAAUUUCACAUUUGGUACCAUUGCAUCACCAGGAGUUUUCUCACGAGGCACCAUGCUUUCAGAGUGUCAUGGACAUUGAGCAGAUACUGCUGGAGGAGAAUAACAAGGAAGUUAAUACAGAUGAACAUGGCAUCACGCAUCCUGAGGUGCCUAGUUCAGGAAUGUACAAGCUGGACAUUGUAUUGAGGAGGGGUCAUAAUCUAGCAGUUAGGGACAGAACAGGAACAAGUGACCCAUAUGUAAAGUUCAAAAUAUGCAGGAAAGAAGUUUUUCGCAGCAAAACUGUCCACAAGAGCCUUAAUCCGGUGUGGGAUGAACAAAUUUGCCUGAUGGUAGACAAUCUACAUGAGCCUCUCUAUAUAAAGGUGUUUGACUAUGACUUUGGUCGCCCAGAUGACUUCAUGGGGUCAACGUAUUUGUACCUGGACUCAAUAGAGCAGUGCAGACCUCUCCAUGUCAGAGUGCAGCUCCGGGACUCCCAGUAUCCUGAUCAGGACCUGGGUACUCUCGAGCUUGCAGUCACCCUGACCCCUACAGAUGUAGCAGAUGGAGAGAUGACCACACUACUGACAACGAGCUUGAAGAGAUCUGUUAAGCAACAGCAGGUGAGCCAGUGGCCGUCUGACCUGCACAAGAAAUAUCAGCUCUGGAGGAGUAUGCUGAGUAUCAGUCUCAUCGAGGGUCGUGACCUUGUUCCUAUGGACCAGAAUGGCCUUAGUGACCCCUAUGUCAAAUUCAGACUUGGCAAUGAGAAGUACAGGAGCAAGACCAUAGCCAAGAGCCUUAACCCUCAGUGGAGGGAACAGUUUGAUCUGCAUGUGUUUGAUGAGGAAGGGGGAAUCCUUGACAUCUCUGUCUGGGACAAAGACACGGGCAAGAGGGACGACUUCAUUGGCCGGUGUCACCUGGAUCUGUGCACCCUGAGUAAGGAAAAGACUCAUAAGUUGGAGCUGGACCUGGAAGGUGGGAAAGGACAGCUGGUGCUUCUUGUGACUCUCACAGCCACUGCUGCCGUUUCCAUCUCCGAUCUGUCUGUCUGCUUGCUCGAUGACCCCCACAGUCGCAGACAGAUUCUCAACAGAUAUAGACUGCUGAGGUCUUUCUGUAAUCUGAAUGAUAUUGGAAUUGUUCAAGUAAAGAUCUUACGAGCAGAGGGUCUGAUGGCUGCUGACAUCACAGGGAAAAGUGAUCCAUUCUGUGUAGUGGAGCUAUGUAAUGAUCGUCUGCAGACACAUACAGUAUACAAAAAUCUAAACCCUAAGUGGAAUAAAGUCUUUACUUUGAAUGUGAAAGACAUCCACUCAGUGUUGGAGGUCUCUGUAUAUGAUGAGGACAGAGACCGAAGUGCUGAUUUUCUGGGCAAAGUGGCCAUUCCAUUAUUAAAUAUUCACAGUGGCGAACAGAAGGCCUACGUCUUGAAAAACAAGGAGCUGACAGGGCCAACAAAGGGGGUCAUCUUCCUUGAAGCAGACGUUAUCUUCAACAGUGUGAAAGCCAGCUUGCGCACCUUUGUGCCGCUCGAACAGAAGUAUAUAGAAGAUGAAUGCAAAGUGUCGAAGCAGGUGCUGCAGCGGAACUUUAAUAGAGUAAAGCGCUGCAUCAUGUUUCUCAUUACUGUGGGUUCAUACAUCAACAGCUGUGUUGAGUGGGAGUCGACCCAGAGGAGCAUUUGUGCUUUCCUGGCAUUUGUGUUGGUGGUGUGGAACUUUGAGUUCUACAUGGUUCCACUGUCCCUGCUAGUGCUCCUUGGCUGGGGCCACUACAUGCUGGCCUCUGGGAGGGAAACUGAAAGAAACAUGCAAGCAAUCGAGGACAUUUUUGAAAAUGAAGAUGACGAAUUUGAUAAAGAUGAUAAGGGCUUACUGGACAAGCUGUAUGCCAUUCAAGAUAUCUGCAUCAGUGUCCAGACAGUCCUAGAUGAGGUGGCCUCCUGUGGAGAAAGGAUAAAGAAUACGUUUAACUGGACCGUGCCUUUCCUUAGCUGGUUAGCCAUAGCAGCACUGUGUGUCGCCUCUUUCUUAAUGUACUUGAUUCCUCUCAGGUACAUUGUGUUAGUCUGGGGUGUCAAUAAAUUCACCAAGAAACUUCGUGACCCCUACCUCAUUGAUAACAACGAACUGCUGGACUUCCUCUCCAGAGUUCCAUCGGACAUGCAAGUGCUUCAGUACAAAGAGCUGAAGGUGGAACCUGGACAAAGCCCCAGCAAGCGAAGGUCAAACCAUGGACUGUGUAAGAGAGAGUAAUUGGGGCUAAGUGUGCAUGUUUUCCACUGUUGAAAAAAAGCACUGCCAACUAAGAUUUUGACCUUUAAUGUCAUGGAUUAGUCAUAUUUGUUCUUUUGCUUCCAAGUCUUCCAAAUUUUAUUUAUUAUUUAAGUGUCAAAAAUGUUUUUGCCACUCUUUCAUCUGUCUGUUUUCAGCUUUGCCUUCUGGCUCUAGGUACCCAGGUUAGUGUUUAGUCAGUCCACUGUUGUGAAAAUUAAAACAAGAGCUAGAACUGAAUUGCUGUAAUAUUUUAUUUAGUGCAUUUUGCCUACACCUAUAUAAUAGGAGAGUUUAUUAUUUUGACAUACAUUCAAGUGUACAGUUCCCAUAAUAUACUUAUAAUAUUGAGAAAUUAAAUUUUAUCUGAAGCACAUUUAACGGAAUCAUGGAUUUAAGGGAAUCAUGUCAUUGACUAUAUGUUUAUAAUAUACAAAUAUUUAUAUAUACUAUUUAUGCAUCUAUAUAUGAACUUGUGUGUGCAUGGGAUUUCAGUAUACUGCUUCUAUACAAUGUUCAAACAAGUGUCUUUUGUUUGUGAAUGACAACAACUUAAUGCCUAUGAGAACAAAGUUUAGGACAGAAUCAUUUUCAAUGGAAUACUUGUCAUGGUCACUGUUAAUGUCAUUCAGUAACUCUUGGAAUAAGAAUACGGUACUGAGCUGUCAUCUCCCUAAGGUUAAAAUAUUCAGAUUUAUUCAAAUUGGGGGGAAUAAUUAUGCUGUCAAACUAUCACUAUUGUUACACAGAAACUUCUGUCACUUGAGUUAUGAUAUAAGCUAAUAUCUCUUAAGGCUUUUUGUACCUAUUUCUUAUUAAAUGAAAGUUCAAACUCAGUAUCAAGCAAGACAAACAGUUCAUGACUCAGUGUACUGGACACAUUCAAGAAUCUAAAUGUAAAACAAAAAGGCCUAAUUUGAAUAUUGACUAUUAAA